ACUGACAGAGUACUAAAGCACAGACGAAUGUGCCAUGAGAAUAAGGACAGGAAGGUGCAGAAAGCAGCUGCCAAAGAUGGUCCUCUUCACACCUCAGAGAGCUUGGGCUUCUCUUUUCCUGCCAAGGAAUGCACACUUCCCAAGAAGAAACGUCAGAAGACCUCUGAUAAAAGUCGAGUUGCGCUUACAAGUCCAACUGUUGACAAAGUGGUUGAAGCUGGUAACGAGAAGAAGACGGAAGACCAACUGGUCAAAAGCGAGUGUCUUCCUCUUUACAAUGUAGACACCAAGGUCAAGGACGAGUAUGUUGUGACAGAUUAUUCCGUUGAGCUCCCUGAUUCCCCGCCUG